UCAGAGCCCACGGGGACCGGCCUGGGUCACUGCGCAGGAAACGAUGCUGGACUCACAGAGGAGCCCGCGGAGCCCAGGGAUCUGGUCUGACCCAGGAGGGCUUGAGCGGCCGAGGCCCCAGGGGCUUCCUGUGUGACAUCGCAAGCAGACUGAGGCCCAUCAGAGCCGCCCCCGGGCAGUUACCGAGCUCCUGGCAGCUGGGCCGGACGCAGCUUCCUGUGAGCAGAGGAUCAGUCCGGGAGCUUGGAUUCACAUCACAGUCAUGUGCCAGGAUCACACAGUCUGGGGCCCUCACUUUCCUCCCACCAGAUGAUGCCCAGGCUGGGAAGGCACUGAGACCGCAGCAGAGUGGGCCAGGGGGCAGUGAGAGGAGGGGAGGUGGGUGGGCCAGGGCUGGGGCACUAGAGGAGCAGGGGGGGGGCCUGUCAGCCCAGGGGCACCCCAGGACUCAAACCCACAGCCGACCUCACUCUCCUAGGCCUCACUGCAGCUGUGGGAAGGGGAAGCAUGGAGCCCUCCCUCAAGGUCAGCGCAGCGCCUGGCUUCAGCUCAUGACAGUGACCAUCCCUUGCUGCCGCCAUUGCAGUCACUGCCCUGGUGGGCAGCCUGGACCCCAGCUCCACUGCACAUGGAUGGUGUGGUCUUGGGCAGUGCCGAGCUCGGCCUCACGGGCCUGUGGGGAAGGUCACAGGAGGUCCACGUGCCAGGCCCAGCUUUAACGCACAGGGUUACCACCACUGCAAGGUUGCCUUCCCCGUCUUGUACCCGGCCGUCCAUGCCCUCAUCUCAGGGGGCAGGACAAAGGCAAGUGGGACUGA